AUGCAAAUAUUCAACGACAUGGGCGUACACGGACCUACCCCAAACUUCUUGUUUGGAAAUCUACUGUCAUUACGCAAUAUGGGUUUUCACAAGAUAUAUCAAGUGUGGAACAAGAUGUACGGAAAAACCUUUGGUUACUUCGAAGGGCCGAGUCCAGUUUUGGUGACAUCAGAUGAGAAGAUUCUACAUCAAGUGUUUGUGAAACAGUUCAGCAAGUUCCACGCUAGAAAGGUAUUCCCAGUUCAGGUGGACCCGGACUAUGAUGAAAAUGUUCACAUGUUUUUCGCCCGCGGCGACCGAUGGAAGCGACUGAGAUCGAUUGCCAACCCGGCGUUUAGUUCCGCCAAACUCAGAAAGAUGGUACCCAUUUUGAAUGACUGUUUUACUACAUUGGUCGCAACGGUCAAGUCUACCAGCGACGCCGUGGCUGAUGUUGAUAUUCGAGAUUUGUUUCAACGUCUCACGCUAGACACGAUUUCUCGUUGUGGUUUUGGCUUGGACUCUAGGUCAAUAGAAAACCUGGAUGAUUCUUUUUUCAAACACUGCAAAGGCGUUAUUGCUGACACGACGAAACGUCCAUGGUUGUUUUUGUUUGGAUUUAUCUUCCCGGCCCUGCACGCCCUGUGGAUAGCCAUCUACAAACUGCUGGGCUAUCUCCAGUACAACCCUGUGUUCUGGCUGGAGAAACAGCUUGGGGAUGUCAUUCAGGACCGCAAAAACGAAAACUACCGAAGAGACGAUCUGCUGCAACUUAUGAUUGACGCCAAGUUUGUAGACGAGAACUGCAACGUCAUCCCGAAAGAACAAGUCACGAAGGAAAUGAUAAUGAAAAAACUGACAAAUGACGAAAUCAUUGCCCAGUCGUUUCUAUUCAUGCUGGCCGGCUUUGAGACGACAAGCACCACUCUGUCUUACGUGUUUUACGAAUUGGCCACCAACCCGGACGUCCAGAAAAAACUCAGAGAUGAGGUCGACCAACAUUUCCCCACUAAGGAUGAUAAACCUUGCUAUGACAGCGUCAGUAAGCUACAGUACCUGGAUAUGGUCAUCUGUGAAACGCUGAGGAAGUACCCCUUGGCUAGUGGGGUGAUCGCUCGGAAGUGCAUGGAGACGUGUGAGGUGGAGGGCCUGAUUAUCCCUAAAGACACCAUCGUCCAAGCUGACGUGUGGAGUCUGCACCGACGUCGUGACCUGUGGGGCGAUGACGUCGAGAGUUUCAAUCCUGAACGAUUUACCCCAGAGAAGAAACUCGAGCGACAUCCGAUGGCUUGGAUGGCAUUUGGCGGAGGUCCGCGGUCCUGCGCAGGUCUCCGUUUUGCGCUCUUGCAGAUGAAGAUGGUAACGGUGGAGCUUGUGAAAAAUUUCAUUCUCCUUCCCGCGAAGAAUCUCGAGAAACCGCUCACACUCACAGAGGGAGCCACAGUCAUUCCUAAAUUUGGCAUCAACCUGAAUGUCAUCAGUCGCGGCAAGUGA